UUUAUCAGCAAUGUUUUAUUUUUAACAUUUGUUACUGGUCAGUUAAGAGAUAUUUUAUUCCAUUUUUAAAUUUUUAGCCUUCAUUCGGGAAAUUGCCUUGGGAAAUGUCAAAAUUUCGAGUUUGCCUAUAAGUUAUUCAAAAUUAUUGUUUAAAUUACAGGUUCAGCCACAUUUUGCGUGAUUUUUAAAAUGGUAAACUAUAAACUACCCACUUUGCAACAAUUCCUAAAGAAAAAAAAAAUCUACGACCACCAUGAGCCAGUAUGGGUUUACCUUGAAAGAGAGAUGAGAGAAAAUGUUGAUAAGAAGCCGUAUAACGAGAAAGUGGGCAAAUGGCUUCGGUUUUUGAAAGAUUUAAAAUAUUAUUAUUAUUGUGAACAAAAACGAAAAGUGAAAAGGUUAAACCGGGAAGUCGGACCACCUUGGUAUUGCGAGCUUUCCAGCAGCCAGAUGGAAGUUCUCAGCAAUCUAAAAGCAAAUAUUCACCAAGACUUGCUCGAAGACUUGCCGGCCAGAAUACGCAAAUCCCUAUCUGAUCUAGGAAUUACGUUAAAAAUUCCAAAGAAAAUAUUAAUGAAGGCGAUGGCAGAUUCUGUUGAAGAUCCUGGCGUGUUCAUAUGGAACCUUUACACAGCUUACUAUAAAAAACCUCCGAGUGAAUUGCGCCCUGUAUACGAUAUGAACGCAAUGAUUUUGAUGUCAUGUUUAGUAUUUGUGGAUUUAGCGGAGUGUAUUGAAAGCCUUGAAAAGUUAACAUAUACACCACGGGUACCGGCAGUCAUCCCUGAGAAAAAACCUCGGAAAAAUACCCAACCAAAUACUCGUUAUGGCGAAUAUUUACAAAAAAAUUACGUUAAAUGCUAUAGUACGCAUUCAAACAAGAAACCGCCUGAAAAGCCCCUGCCUCUUGGAUAUAAAGUUAGACUUCGCAGCACCGAGAGCUACGAGAAACUUUGCAAAGACCGUUUAUUUCUCGAAAAACGUAAAGAAAGAAACAAAAAGGAACAGCAAAGCGAACGAGUGUGUAAUUACAAAUUUUGGGAACCGCCUAGUACACUGCGCAACACGAACCCCAAGAUGGCUAAUCUCGUGAACAAGCAGAAAAUGUUGAAGAAAAGAGCAAAACCUAAAUAUAAGACUCCGUAUAAAUACAUUCAGUAUCAAGUGGGAGGAGUAGCAUUUGUAGGAAAUCAACCUCGAUAUCUUUUGAACAACGUUGCUGUUCUAUCAACGGGUUACAUACCAAUAAAUGGAGGAGUUUCUUUAUUCAACGGAGAAAUUAUCACAACGAUACUUGGUUAUUGGAAGUUCCCACGAGCCGUCAAACAAAUAUGUGAUGCCACUUGUGAUUGCUUAACUAGAUGGGAAGGCCCAGUAAUGGAAUAUCUAGAACAAUCGAGAUGCAAAUGUGGCCAUCUUUAUGACAUGCAUCACGAAGGAAAAGCCAAAGAAAGAUAUUUCCAUCCUCCGAACAGACACGGGCCCUUUUGGAUUGACAACGCAAAGAUAUUCCAGCUCGAUCCUUUAGAAGACUUCAUUAAGGACACGGUUAAGGAAUGUUUAAUGUCUUCUGAGCCCACGCCUCAGCUUUCAACGCCAACUAUAUCACCAUCAGGUUUAAAAUUGAAAGAUUUACUUGCGGCAUUUUUGGCGGAGUUAUCUGAUACGCCACUUCUAAUACCACAUUUACCACAAGCCAAUCUUUUGAGGAAUCUUCAAGAAUGGGUCAGAAAACGAAUAAAGGGCAAACUAACACCGCAAGAUACUAAAAAAUUACUAUAUCAAAGUCAACGUAGAUGGCUAGAUCUCAAGCACAUUGAUUUUAGAGCACGAGCCUAUAGAAUACCAUUUACACUUAAACAGUUAAAACAUAUCACUUGGUCCCAUAGAAAGCUUAUACAAACGUUGUUCGAGAUACUGUUAGAAGAUUUCGUUUCGAGAAACAGACUAAAGCAAUUGAAUCAAACUAGAAUGUGGUGGCCGACGACAAAAUAUGAUGCAUAUCCUAGUCCUAAAGCAUUUUUAGAUAUUUUCUUCACGUAUAUGCCUGGACGCCUUAAGGACACCUUCCUCAUAAACCCAUAUAGCUCGGAGCUUACGCCAAAACAUGGAGCCAAAACGUGUCCAUUAUAACAAUUUCUUUACUUAACGUCUUACUGAAUGAUAGCCACCGAGCUCAUUUGACAUUGGUUGGUUCUACAUUGCUGCUUAA